UUAUCCUAUCUAAUUACAAAAACUGACGUCAAAACUGAACCUGUUGAGCGUGCUCUUGAAAAGACUGAAAGUAAUCAAAAAUCCAAGAGAACAAUCACAAGAAAAUCUAAACUAGAACUUUUUAAAAAAAGACUUGUAAAGCAGGAAAAUAUAGAAAAUAUUCUUUCCAGUAAAAUAUCUAUGGAUCCUUCGGCCAAAAGUUUGAUUGAUAUGCUGGAUUUAAACGUAACGAAAAUAAAGAAUUGUCCUCCAGUCAAGAAAAGGAGGCAUAGUAUCGAAAAAUUUCCACUUUCCUUCGAAAGCUCUGACAGUUCCUCGUUCGUAUUUAGUAGCCUGCCUAGAUGUCGGAGUCCAAAAGUAAAGAGAACAUCAAAAAUUCGCCAAAGUUGUGAAAUAAUUCCUAUUAAAAGAGCAAGUCCCUAUUCGACCAGAUCUGACUCACCAGCACGUAUACUAAGAAAUGGAAAGCAUAGGAAAUUGAAGGACACUCUCUUAGACGGUUUAGAUUCGGACUAUAAAAAACGAAGAAGACUUUGUUCUGACUAUAGCGGAAGUGAAAAAUCAGUUUCUAAAGUAUCUGGAUAUGAUUCCGACAGUAGUUUUUCAGACUUAGCGUCACUUAUCGGCAAUGAAAGUGUCGAUAUGAAAGACGGCGAAAUCCUUAGCAAAAUAGAGCCCAAGAAAGAAACAACAGCUUCUACUGCAGAACAAGAUAUUAAGCCAUUAAAAAUAUUAAAUAUCAAAAGGACCAUGUCUACGGAAACCGCAUCGUCAGAUCUUCAUCAAACAACUGACACCAACUCAAACUUGUUUGAAAAUGUAAAAGUUGAACCGAAACAGCUAUUAGAUAAAAAAUCAGUUGCUUUUUUCGAUGAAGAUAUCAAAUCAGAGCCCUCCACUCCGGAUAAUAAUUCACUUCUAUUCGGAAACAUUGAGUCUGGAGUUCCAGAGAAAGAAGUAAUUUUAGAUAUAAUGAAACAAACGUUUAAUGAUGUUAAAGUUGACGAUGAAAAAAGAACAACCAGAUCAUCUGCACGUAAAACAGAAAAACUUGUUGAUCAAGAAGAACACCCUUGCAUGAAAACCACUAAGUUUUAUGGUAUAAGUGAUGGCUCUUUAACUGAACAACAUUAUGCUACGUGCAAGACGGAAAAGUUAGAAAAUGUGGAAACUAAUAUCGAAAAUGAAUCACAAACUCCUGAAACUAGUCAGACUGAAUUAAACGAAGAAAUCGAAAACAAUAAUAAAGAAGAAGAACAAAUACAAGAAGAAAAGUUAAACGUUGACAUCGACGUAAUUAUACCUGAAACUGUCCCUUCACUACAAGAGACUGCAAUUUUUCCCACACCAAUUGAGAAAGGUUCAACUCCAACAUAUGAGUUAAUAAACCAGGUGGAAGAAAUAAAACACGCGAUCGAGGAAAAGCCUGAUCUAGAAAACAGUAAACAGGAUAGUUCAGAAAAUGAAAAUAAUAACGACAAUUUUCAAAACAAUUCAGAAACCAUACUGGAAAAAGAAAAAAUUGUUGAAACUCCCGAAAACCUUGCAAUCAAGGAAAAUAUUCUUCAAGCUCUUGGAUUGCAAAGUCUUAAAGCAGCCGAAGAAGCAAAGCAACGUGUCAAAGUGAAAACCAACGCUAAACAAGAUUACACAGGGACUUUAAAAACUGUCAUAAAACUUAAUAGAUGCGAAAAAAAGAAAAACCGUGGUACAUUGAAAAUGACAUUACAGAAAACUAAAAACAAAGGAAAAUAUAUGGACCAAGUUACCUACGGCUUUGAGGACGAUUACACUCAAAGAAACGUCAAAGAGGGAUUAGGCGGGUGGAGAUCAACAAGUGGGCAGACAUCAGAUACAGCGGGUGCGCAUCGAAAGUGUCAUUAUUCUAACAGAUCUAACAUCAUGGGUAAUAUAUGGUUUUGGGCUUUAUUUUCUUUUUCUCAUUACUUUGCGCUUCUCUUAUUUAAUAAUAAUGAACAUGUCUUCGUUUGAAAAGACAUUUAUACAUCAGUACGAUGUAUAAGUAGAUAAUUUUUUACUGGCUUCAAAAUUAUUGCUGAAAAAAUCAAAUCGAUAUAAGUUACAGAACCAUAGCGAUUAAAUUAAUGUACUUGUUCAUCGAAGUUAUUAUACUCCCACUGCUACAA